UCAAUUCUCAUAGUGUAAAUCGUAUGUUACAUAAAGAUGCGAAUGUUGGAUUACGAACAAAACAAUUAAAAUGGAAUAAACAAUCAAAAACUUUUGUGUGGAAACGUAUGCUUGGUGGUUUUAAAUGGAUAAGUCGUGAAGAUAUUCGCGGAAUUCAAUGUCCGUUGUUGCUCAUAGCAGGUCAAGAGGACCGAAUUAGCCCUCAGUGUGAUCUGAUUCUUGUUCAUGAGUGGUGUACUUCGCCAAAUACACCUGAUCCAGUGGUGAUUCCGCAAGCGGGACAUAAUCCAAUGGUGGAGAAACCUGACCUUGUCAAUUUGAUCAUCAAUGAUUUUUUGAUAAAAGUAUGUGGAUUGAAUACAGUUGAUCCUGGGUGGCAAAUUGCUCAAAAAACGAAAGAUGAGAAUAAAUGGUCUAUGAAGAAUUAUCAAAAGGUGUGCCGGCUGAAAAAUAAAUUCAUGCUGUUAGCUGCGUCGGAUUCAUAUUUUUCCGAUAAUGGAAACUGGGUUCGACGCUGGAAACAAACUCCAACGAUAGCCGACCGAACUGUCAAUCGUACAUUAUUUAGACCAAUGAAGGUUAUGCGGCAAGGUGACGAAGAACAUUCUCCAGAAAUAUUUAUGGCGCGGCAUCCAGAGAUAGGAUUUAUCAUUGAUAUAACCAAAGAUCCACCAUCUUAUAGAACACAAAGCUUUGAUAAUUCACAUAUUAAAUAUAACAAACUUAGCACAGUAAGUAAAAUUCCACCAUCACGAGAAGAAGUACGGAUGUUUAUUCAAAUUGCCAAAGAUGCGUGGAGCAAAAAGCCUGAUAAACAAAUCGCUGUUCAUUGUCAUUAUGGAGGCAAGACAGCCGAGAGGCAUCAAACAUCGUCAUUUCAGGGAAGAGCUAUAUUUGCG